CCUGUAUACACGCCGGGUGCAUACCUAACCUUGACGUACCUAGGUACCUAAGGUACCUCUACAACGGAUACGGAGGUACUUACCUUAUCCUAGAUACAGGUACAUAUUACAUAAGCCAUUAGGCUUUUUUCUCUCGGCUCUGCUUGAAACUUUUCUACGCAGGUCUGCCUAUCUUUAACAUCGCGAGACCGCGGUACCGACCCCGAAUCGAGUAGGCCAAUUCGAGCCCAGCCACUCCGAGCAUCCUCCGGUCGAGAGGAGCACUAAGCAUGGCAGGUGUUCCUGAGAAAGCUCGGUUCUAUCUCGAGCGCGCAGUCCCGCAACUCCGCGAAUUCGAAGCCAAGUCCAUAUUCACUAGUGACGAGAUCCGCUCUCUCGUACGGAAACGCACCGAUUUCGAACACCUUGUACUCUCUCCUGGAAACAAGCCGAGCGACUGGCUAAAUUAUGCCGCCUGGGAAAAGUCUCUGGAGGCGCUACGCGCAAAACGCUGCCGUAGGCUGCAGAUUCGCACCUCGUCCAGGCACACGGGCGAAGGAAGGAUAUUCGCGAUACUGGAUCGAGCUGUGGGCAGGCAUCCCGGGAGCGUUGAGCUUUGGAAGGAGUAUCUAGCUUAUGCUCAAGGUCUGAAUGCCACCAAACGGUAUCGCAAGACCAUGAGCAGGGCAUUAAGGAUGCAUCCGACGAAGCCGGAGCUCUGGGUGUUGGCAGGUAGGAGGGCGGCACAACACGGCGACAUGCAGGCCGCGAGAAACUUUUUCAUGCGCGGCGCCAGAUUUUGCACUCGAGACGCUACGAUCAUGCUGGAAUAUGCCAGGUGUGAAAUGGAAUGGCUGGAGCGGAUGGAUGCGAGGAGGGAAAAGAAGGGCGGCGCCGAAAAAGCGCUCGAGGAGCAGGCCGAGAAAAGCGAUGAUGAAAUACAAUUUCCUGGAGAGGAAAGCGACGACGAUGUUGACGAGAACGGCCGACUGGUUGCCCCGGACCCAAGAGAGCCGGCCGAGAAAAAGGUGUUCGACGAAGACAUGGCGAAAAAAUUGCGGGGUAACCCUGCAUUGGACGGGGCUAUCCCCGUGGCCAUCUUCGACAUUUGUAAGAAGCAACCCUUUUUCAAGGCCGCUACAGGGGAACAAUUCUUUGAUCUCUUCGCUACGUUUCACACCGUUUCGGCUCAGGCCAGGCUUAUCCAGCACGUUCUCGACGGUAUGACCGAGAUCGAUCCCCACAACCCAUCAACUUCCUUCUGCCAAUUCCGACAGCCGUUUAUCAACAUCGGCAUCAGCACACCAUCGUACCCAGAAGCACUACGAGAAGCGCUCAGCCGACUCAAAUCAUCCCUUCCUACAAGUACAAGCCAGCCUUUGUUAGCAGAGAAAGUGAGAUCAUGGAUAGGACCAAUCCUUGCCUCUCAAGACUUUGACCCAGGUAUCCGGACGGUUCUCGAGCACACUCUUCGGACUCUGCCUAAGCCCCAAGGAAGCCUACUCUUUACCAUGGGCGCAGGAAUAGCGGGCGGUGCAGGAGGAUAGCCAAAACACCCUCUAGCACCGUCCAGAAUGGCUGGCGCGUUACAAUUGCAUGUUCUCGAGCGGCUGUCCCGCGUGACCCAUCUCACGAAGUUCCUUCAACCCGAUCGGCUGGCUGAACUUGGUACGAAACUUGACAUGCACGACGCUCCAUUUAGGAUUUUCGAGUUUCGAAGAUGGGUCAUAAUAUGGUGCCUUCGGGU